CAUUCGAAUCCCAAAUCCAAAUCAUCAAAGCGAAAGCAGAAACGAAGCAUCUCUCGCCUUCCUUUUGGAGAUCUUGGUUAGAAUCACAGAGCUCAGAAAAUGUCUGGUCGUGGAAAGGGCGGUAAGGGUUUGGGAAAAGGAGGAGCAAAGCGUCACAGGAAGGUGUUGCGAGAUAACAUCCAGGGCAUCACCAAGCCUGCGAUUCGUCGUCUUGCAAGGAGAGGAGGUGUUAAGAGGAUCAGUGGUCUCAUCUAUGAGGAGACGAGGGGAGUUCUUAAGAUCUUUCUUGAAAAUGUCAUUCGCGAUGCUGUGACGUACACGGAGCACGCAAGAAGGAAGACUGUGACGGCCAUGGAUGUCGUUUAUGCUCUGAAGAGGCAGGGUAGAACUCUUUACGGCUUCGGCGGUUAAGGCAUUUCUUAGGGCUUCUCCUCCUCUGUUCUUUUUAGAAAUCAAUGCUGAUUGUAGAUUUUGACUAUUUGGCUCCUGACAUCCAAUAUGGUUGGGCGUUUCUUCAUUUUCUUUCUUAGAAGUAGAAGAAACAUGUAUUCAGGUUGUACUUGCUCUUGAAUUCUAAUGUAGUUAAUGGCUUCUACU